AUGAAUAAGGAGGUAAGCGAGUUAGUGGUGUUGCAGCUGAUACACACGCUGAUUUCGAAUAAGAAUGAAGAACUGGUUAAGAACGGGGGAGGAAUCAAUAUGAUUGGCAAUAAUCUCCGAAUAUCGCUAGUCAAGUUGACUAACGAAAUACAGAACAAUUUGUUGAUCAAUGAACUGACGGGUUUGAGGAGGCAAGGCAGUGUUGUGACCGGGAACGGCAAACUGGGCAUCAAUGACAUUCUGACAAUCGUGAAGAGCCUAUUCCCCGGGUAUAGAACGACGCUAAACGAUGGGCAAUUGAGUCUACACGGUUUAGAGAUGCAUGAUAUUGAGAAGCUACUCGUGGACAAAUUUGAGCGAUUCAAGAAAACACAAACCGAACAGAUAAGGGCAAUGGAGGAGGAGAUAUUGAAGAAUGGCAUAAAGACCGGUGCAGCGCAACCGCAACCGCAUGCACAUCCAGGCAAAACUGGGGCUGCCGGCAUAGGCGCAACAACGACAGCAACAGCAACCCAUGGGGGGCAUUCCAUGGACCCGAAGAGAGAGAAACUAUUGAAACUGUACAGAGACACCGUUUUGAAUAAACUAGAGAGUAAGACUGGUAACUUCCACAAACUGUUCAAGAAUCCCGACAGAACGAUCAUCAAAGAUGAGAUAAAUUACGAAAACAUAAAGAAUGAGACGCCCAGCAGCGUUCACGAAUUGCAACUGGUCUUGCAGAAGAGCAUAGCGGAUGGUGUAAUGCGAGAGGUCAUUGGCACGGACGAAUGGAAACUGGCUAGGCAGGUGCAACUGGAACUAGACGACACGGUGCAAUUCAUGAGAAGAGCACUAGAGUAG